CGUCCAUCUUCAACCCCCGAUGAACAAUGCCCGCGCGGAAAAAGUGCAUUUGCGCCAGUGUCAGUGCCAGGUAGCCCGCACAGUCUAAACCCCCAAUCCAACUGCCGCCAAGGUUGUUUUUCCCCCUAGGCAACACCUGGUUCGUUGGGUCAUAACAAUGUGAUCAGCGGCGAAGCGGUCUGCCCAAUUUUUCUUUUUUAGUUCUUUUAAAACCCGAGGUACCUACCUCUCCCCACCCUUCGGAUCCCGUCAAAAGGACCAUGACCUCCCGUUUGGGCGCCGUUGCCGGUGCUUCGUCCUCAUCGUCCUCAACCGCACCAUCUCCCUCAUCAGCAUCUCAGCGGCAGGGCCAAACGUUGCCUAACCUGCUGACGAUCAACCAACAAGACUCAUUGUCGUCCAACACCUCGUCCGCAAUCGCCACACCCUCGCGGUCCUCGAGCACCCCGUCGCCCGCAAACACAACCUCCUUUGCCGCGCCCUCAGGUUCGGACCGCGUGCGACGCAUCGAGGAGUUCGAGAUGGAUUCAAUGGCCGCCCCGCAGGGGCAUCGGCGGCGGAGGAGUACGCACACCAGCCCGGCUACUCGGAGUCGGGGUCCUGAAGAUCGGAAGCCGCAUGGGACCGCGGACGACAGGGAUAACGAGGUUCAGGGCGGAAGACGGCUGGAAACAGACGACGACGACAGUGGCCUCUCGGACGAGGACCUACACGAUGAUGAAGAGGCCGGAUUGACCAGGAAACACAGGGACCGUAAGCGGGAUAAGAGGAGAAGGAACACUCAGUUCGACCAGAGGAUAGUCCGGGGUGGUACCAUAUCCGAAGAGGAGAAGCGUGAGGCGGAUAAAAACGUCAUGCGUAAUCUCGUGAUCAACGGAGUGCUCAUUGGACUAUGGUACCUGUUCUCGCUGGGUAUUUCAAUUUACAAUAAGUGGAUGUUCGAUUCUAAAGAACUGGAUUUCCGCUUCCCCAUGUUUACAACAUCGAUUCACAUGGUGAUCCAGUUCGCACUAUCGAGCUUGGUUUUAUACUUUUUCCCUUCAUUAAGGCCACGCAACGGAUAUAAAUCCGACAUGGGCCAAUCGAGACAUGAAUCUGAGCCUGAAAGACCCAUCAUGACUAAAUGGUUCUACUUGACGCGGAUCGGGCCUUGCGGGGCGGCCACAGGGUUGGAUAUUGGAUUGGGAAAUACCAGUUUACGAUUCAUCACCUUGACAUUUUAUACAAUGUGUAAAUCCUCAUCUCUGGCAUUCGUGCUCAUGUUUGCCUUCCUUUUCCGCCUCGAGGCUCCUACAUGGCGCCUUGUGGCCAUCAUCGCUACCAUGACGGCCGGUGUCGUCAUGAUGGUUGCCGGCGAGGUCGAGUUCAAACUGGGAGGAUUCUUCUUGGUCAUCUCGGCAGCCUUCUUCUCGGGGUUCCGCUGGGCCCUCACGCAGAUCCUGCUUCUCCGCAACCCGGCAACGUCGAACCCCUUCUCGAGCAUCUUCUUUCUCGCGCCCAUCAUGUUCCUGACGCUCUUCACCAUCGCCGUAUUCGUUGAGGGCCUCGGGGAGCUGGUUGAGGGCUUCAAGGCGCUCGCGGCCGCUAAAGGAGCCCUGGCGGCGCCUGCCAUCGUUAUUUUCCCUGGAGCCAUUGCUUUCGCCAUGACCGUGUCCGAGUUCGCUCUGCUGCAGCGGACUUCGGUAGUGACGCUUUCCAUCGCGGGCAUCUUCAAGGAAGUGGUAACCAUUUCGGCGGCAUCCAUAGUGUUUGGGGACACGCUUACCAUAAUCAACAUAUCCGGACUGGUGGUCACUAUCGGGGCGAUCGGGGCCUACAACUACAUCAAGAUCACAAGGAUGAGGGAGGAUGCGCGCGCGACGGUGCAUGGGGACCACCGCGCAGGCGGUGAGGGGGCAGGGGUCAACAGCACCAGCGCGAGUGAAGACGAGGACGAGGAUGCCACCCUGCUGAUGCCAGGGAGGAGUGAGGAUGGCAAGGGAGGAAGGACACUGUUUGAUGCGGAACAGGAAACGAAAACGAACUUUGCAUUGGGGUCAGGAGGAGUUGGGAGAAGUGCAGAACAUUAGCGAUUUUUUAUUAUCUUUUAUGUCGGGGGCUACUUGCCGGUGAAGCUGCAUAUAAGAACGACAGGAUUUGCAUCAAGGCAUCACUCUACAUUACAUACACAUUCAUAUAUGAUUCAGUCAUCUUUUCUGGCCGAACUUGAUGUUGUGAGUGUGUCUUUGUAGCUAGAACUAGUUCUAGUGUCGUAUAUUGGACCCCAAUGAUUGGUCUGGCCAAGACGCCCCUGAGGCCAGAACUUGAUAUUCUUGA